GAAGAAGAAGGCGACCAUGUUGAUUUAAAGGAAUAAGAAACACAAUAGAGGCGAUUAAUUUCAAGUAAAAUUCAGUUAUUGAAGCGAAUUAUAAAGAAAGUAGACAAACGCUGCACCCUGAGCAUCCCUUGUAUAAUAACUAAAGAAACUAAGGAGACAAGUUUUGAGUUUUUGGCUGAUUUAGCAGAAGCGGAGGGUUUUUCACGGCCACACUCACACAGUUCACACCCCGACCUGAAGACCUGUGGUGACGGGGAGAGAGGGUCGAACACCUGGAAGAGAAAGGAAACACACACUGAGGACUAAAAAGGGGUGGAAAGCUUUUGGCUUUGGACUAGAUAACACCCCUUGUAUGAUUACGGAUUUCAGGAUCAAGGUUUUUUUUUCUCGUGUGAACUGACCUAUAUCCACGCAGUGGAACUCAGCAGAGAGCAUUACAGACUAUAUGAUUUUGGGGAAAUACCUGUACAAAGUUGGACACCCUAUUUCUUCAAGGACAGGGAUAUUGAGCAACUCUUAUGGACUCAAAGUGAAAACAGGAAAUAUUGUUCACUUUAGGAACAGAAGUUUGAGUAUUGAAAUAAGAUUAUAUUGAAGAAGCUUUCCCCAAGUUCAAUUGCCUUAGUUGUUCUAUUUCAGGACUUAACCGCUUUGAUACUUGUUCACAUAUAAUUUUUCUAUACUGUGGACAAGUAUAUUCAUGCAUAUAAAUGCAAAUUUCUCUUCAUUUCGAAGAGCUCUUGUGUAAAAACAUUUUUUUUUGGUGUUGUUGUUCCUGUACGUCAGUCACUCUGUGACGGGACCGAACUGCACGUACAUGUGUAUAUGUAAAUACUACCGAAUUGACUUCUGUCGUAAAAGCUUUGGACUUAAAAAUAAUAGAGAAUAUUGUUUGUUAAUGCUUUAUUAAACUUUUUUACUUUGAAGAGAAUUUUUAAAAAGAAAAACCUAAGAGGCAAAAAUCUAAGACUUUGAAGAGAGAAAAAAGAAAAGAGGAAAAAUGGCAACUGCCAGAACAGAAAACGUUGGUCCGGUCGUCAUGGGACUGAACAAGCAGAACGGACAGCUCAGAGGACAGACCAAACCAGCUCCAGUCCAGCCAGCAUCCACAACUCAAGGAAAGGCUUUGGGAUCAGCCCAGAUAGCAGGUGCUGCCCUUCAGGACGGAGGAGGAGGAGGAGGAGGAGGAGGAGGCAUCAAGUUUGGAGACGACUGGAAAAAGAGCCUAAAGCUCCCACCCAAAGACUGUAGGGUCAAAACCUCAGAUGUGACGUCCACCAAGGGAAAUGAAUUUGAAGAUUACUGUCUCAAAAGAGAACUCCUGAUGGGCAUCUUUGAGAUGGGUUGGGAGAAACCUUCCCCUAUCCAGGAGGAGAGUAUUCCCAUCGCCCUGUCUGGACGGGACAUUCUGGCUCGGGCUAAGAACGGAACGGGGAAAAGUGGAGCCUAUCUCAUCCCACUGCUGGAGAGAAUAGACCUGAAAAAGGACCACAUACAGGCACUCGUCAUGGUUCCCACCCGUGAGCUGGCACUGCAGGUGAGCCAGAUCUCCAUCCAGAUCAGCAAACACCUGGGAGGAGUCAAAGUCAUGGCGACCACAGGGGGUACCAACCUGCGAGAUGACAUCAUGCGUCUGGAUGAAAUCGUGCAUGUGGUCAUCGCCACGCCUGGUAGGAUCCUGGACUUGAUAAAAAAAGGAGUGGCAAAAGUGGACAGGGUCCAGAUGAUGGUGAUGGAUGAGGCGGACAAGCUGCUGUCUCAGGACUUUGUGGUGCUCAUCGAGGAUAUCAUCAGCUUCCUGGCCAAAAACAGGCAGAUCCUUCUCUACUCUGCAACCUUCCCCAUCAGCGUGCAGAAGUUCAUGGCCAAGCACCUUCAGAAACCCUAUGAGAUAAACCUGAUGGAGGAGCUGACUCUGAAGGGCAUUACUCAGUACUACGCCUACGUCACAGAGAGGCAGAAAGUCCACUGCCUCAACACGCUGUUCUCCAGGCUUCAGAUCAACCAGUCUAUCAUCUUCUGUAACUCCACUCAGAGGGUGGAGCUCUUAGCCAAGAAGAUCACUCAGCUGGGCUACUCCUGCUUCUACAUCCACGCCAAGAUGAUGCAGGAGUACAGAAACCGCGUGUUUCAUGACUUCAGAAAUGGGCUGUGCAGAAAUCUGGUCUGCACUGAUCUCUUCACCAGAGGUAUCGACAUCCAGGCUGUCAAUGUGGUCAUCAACUUCGACUUCCCUAAGAAUGCUGAGACUUACCUCCAUCGUAUCGGAAGAUCAGGGAGGUUUGGUCACCUGGGCUUGGCCAUCAACCUGAUCACAUCAGAGGACCGCUUCAACCUGAAGUCCAUCGAGGACCAGCUGGUGACCGACAUCAAGCCCAUUCCCAGCAGCAUCGACAAGAGCCUCUACGUGGCCGAGUUCCACUCGUCCGGAGCGGACUGCGACGUGGAGGAGGUGGAGGAGAAACCAGGACGCCAACAGGACAGCACCUAAAACAAGGACUUUGGGACACACCGGGCUUUUGCACAGACAUCGGCGCUUGCACACAGGCUUCAGGCAACUCUUCACUUUUACAUUUCUCACUCGUUUUCAGAGCCUGUCAAAUUAAUUCAUAGGCUGUUUUUAUUUUCAAACAUUUCCUUGCGCUAAUCCUCAGCGAGAGCUGCUUCAUUCUUUUGUUGUUAAAAAUUCAGAAAAUGUAACUUUAUUGUUUUGCACCAAACUCAGAGAGGACCGUGCAUCCUGAGCUCAGUGUAUCUUGGUGAGACGGCAGUUCAGUCGGUAUCGAAGCUGUUUUGAAGCGGUCGUCCUUGGAGACAGUUUUUCUUUGCCAGCAGAGACGUUGGUCUAUUUUUUAACGUUACAAUGGUGCACCUCCACCAGCCAUCAUUCUGUCCACGUACACUGUUGUCGUCACUUAAGUGCCUUAAUAACUCCUAUGUGCACUCAUCCAUUCAUCACCUGCUGUCGUCCACAAGCAGCAGGGAACGAGCACAAAUAAAAUGAAUUUAUUAUAAACCCAAGUUUAUUUAAACAUCCAUUAUGCAAGGGAUAAAGACAACGCACACCUUUUCAUCUCUCCUGAUGAGAGGUGUGCAGAAACACGGCUCGUAAUCCUUUAACCAUCCUGAAUGUGAACGUUUCUUUUUUAAUGUGAACGUUGCAAUAAAAAAAGGGCAGCUUUAUUUGAAUACUGCGUGACUGUUUUUCCCCUUUCGCUAUGAAUAAAACAUGAGCAGAGUUAAUAUGAGAACAUCGCUAAAGACGCACUCCCCCCCCCCGCUCCCCCUCAUACUGAUUCAUGGAUGUUAGCCUGCAGACGGCCUCAUGCUGUUACACUAUGGCUGUUGCUGGUGAGUUAGCCUGCACACAGCUGCGGUCUGGAGGUUAUUGAACAUACAAAAAAAAUAAAAAAUCACAUCGGGCUGGUGAAAAUGGAGAAAUGAUCGACUGCUCAUGCUGGUAAAUGAAAAUCUAGUUUCGUCUCCUGCACGCUGCGGGAAUAAUGCAACCAAGACGGCUUCCGGGCAGCUUUGAUGGCUUUGAUUUGCCUUUACUGAGAGGUGAUAGCACGUCCACGGAGUUAAUGUUCUUUGUUGUCAUUGGUGCAAAACAAUAGAUUUAAUUUUGUCUUUUUUUUCCUUCUUACACCGCUUCGCAUUCAGUUAUUUUGUGGAAAUUCAAAUCAAUUAAUUACUGGAGCAAAAAAAAAACACAUUUCUUUUGAAUCCCCAUCAUUACAAAGUUGAAGUUGGUGAAUGUAUUUGUUGCCAUUGUGAACGGCCCAGUGGUUGAAAGCCAAGCUCUUAAGCAUAUUUGUAUUGCUGCUGUUGCAUGUCUCCCCCUCAGGCUUCAUCUUUCAUGAUGUGUUCAAGGGACCCCAGGGUGACAACACCUGCCUGGUAGAGAAAGAACCACACUGACUUUCAAUGUUACUCCACUUAAAGAGGGUGGAGUCUUUCUGCAGCAGCAGCGAUACCAUUUAUCCCCCUUUUUGUUCCUUUCCCCCCCCAGCACAGCUUUUUUUUUUCUUUUUUUUUUUAAAUAUAUAUAACCGAAGUGAGGGUUAUGUUUUGUGAGGGGCGGGCUCUGUGUUUUGAAAAGCAAAAUUGUAGCAUCUUUGAACAGGCAGCUGUGACUUCUUUAUUUUGUCCUCCCCUUACAGAGCGUCAGUGACGAUACAAAAACAAAAGAAGACAUAAAAAAAGAAAGUA